AUGAAUAGNAUUGACCAUUUCUUCUUCCUCAUGACUACACUAUCCGAGGUCGAGACUCCAGUCCCUGGUGGUGUCGACUCUCAAGACAUGGGCUUCGAGAAGUAUGGACUCCUCGAAGAAGACAAAUACAAGGACAAAAAGCGAACUUCGUCAGCAUCCGAGCCUGCCUACAUAUCUUCGAGUAUCCGCGCAACACUACGCCACUUGAAUGCCGAGGCGGGAGAUCUAAGCAUGUUCCGUGGUAUAGGAACUUCAUCAGCCGCCAUCCUGCUCUUGACUCCCAUGUAUCUCGCCGUCAGCUUUGUCUCUCACAGAAUUCCUUUGCUCAAGAAAAGCAACCGCGUCGCAGAGAAUUUCGCGCAGCACGUUGCGUCCCUCAUUGCGAUUCAGAUAACCGCCACCAUUCUGCACGUGUGCAUAUCCAAGCCCCGCUACAAGUUUUGGUUCCGUCGUAUGCCAAUGACAUGGUUCAAAGUGCUGCGCACAGCUUGGCUUGCUUCAUUAGUCGAUGGUCUGAGCGACGACGUUGUCGAAGCAGCCUUCUACUACCUCACACCCGCUGCAAAGUCCAAGUCUACUACACUUGACACAAGAAAUGAUCACCAAGUAUUCCAGCUCAGCAAUGGUCCACUGGUGAAGAUAAGCGUCGCUAUUAUCCUCUGGACUUGCAUCAAGUCUAUGUUACGCGCUCAGAUCAAGCCUCUAGUACGCUUGGUACUUUUGCGACCAUUUGAAGCAAUUCAAACUCGGGUCUUUGCCUCGAUGCUGAGAGACGACGAAGAUCCUGUCAUCCCAAUGGACCGCAGCUUCCAAGGCCGCCCUCAAUCCGGUGGGAUUCUACAACAACAAUCGCAACCCCUUGGUUUCAUCGAAGCCGCACGCACGAUCGACAAGCACACCUACAUUCGUCUGGUCAAGCUGAAGUUCAAGCUUCACGUCAUCAAACAGCUUGUCCAGUGGGCCUUCUGGACUCUGAUUUUCGCAGAAGUCAUUUACUUUGUUGGCCCUAGCGCUGUAUUAGUUGUGCUGAAGUUGAUUAGUGGCACUCCCAUCGUGCAAGCGGAUUUGGAUCGUGUGCAGGGUAAUGCGACGAGAAGGUUCUUGGACAACAUGAUUGCUGGUCCUGGUAACUUCACAUCCGAGUCUCUGAACAUGACGGUUACUACUCUCUCGCUUGAUCAAUAG